ACCACUGGGGAUCUCCUUCGUCCGUUUUAUCAAAGUUCCGGUGCACAAACAAGCUAUGGACUUUAGUGACGUUACCGAUCGUUCCUCAUCAAUGUCCAGACAGCCACCCCACGAAGUGUUCCUGAGUUUCAGAGGGCCGGAGAUGCGGAGGGGCUUCGCGGAUUUUCUGUACACCAUGUUGAGUGAUACUGGGAUUCGCGUCUUUAGGGAUGAGGAAGAGCUGGAGAGAGGCAAAGAAAACUACCAACAGCCGAUCCAGGUGAUAGAGGAGUGCAAGAUAUCAAUACCCAUCAUCUCCGAGGAGUACGCGUCCAGCAGGAACUGUCUCACUGAAUUAGGGCAAAUGGUGAAGGGCAUGGACAAUAGGAAUCGCAUCAUCAUCCCCAUCUUCUACUAUGUCGACCCGUCAGAUGUACGCGACUGCAACGGCCCUUUCGCGAGCUCCUUUGUGGAGCACAAGGAGCGCGGCGUCAGCGACAGUGUCAUUGAUUCCUGGAAGUCUGCCCUCCGUCGGAUCGGCGAGUUGGAGGGACACCAUCUCCACGAAAAAAGUGAAGUGUCUCCUGGCGAAAUCGCAAAGCGAAUUGUUGACCAAGUUCAGCAGAAGCUGAAGAAGCAGGACCUAAUUGUGACGAAACAAUUAGUCAGAGUUGACUCUCAUGUGCAAGGCAUAAUGGCAAAGCUGAACGUUGCCGUUCGCAAUGGGCUGGCGGUUCAAAUUGGGGACACACGUGAAAAAGUGUUAGGAAUAAAUGGCAUCCCCGGGGUGGGUAAGACAGUUCUGGCCAAAUGUGUUUAUAAUCAACUUUAUCAUCUGUUCGAUGCCUGCAGCUUUCUUGGGGAGAUCCAAGCCAAAAUUAAACAUCACGGCAUCGUGUCUGUACAGAACAAGCUAAUUUCCGACCUUGAUGAAGGAAAUGCCAAACAGUUUGAUUCUUCUGAGGAAGCUCUGUUGCAUAUUCGGAAGAACUUUUGCACCAGGAAGGUCCUUGUUCUCCUUGACGAUGUAUAUGACCAUGAACAGCUCAGUGAAUUAGUAGGAGAGCUGGAUUGGCUUGGGCCCGGGAGCAGGGUCAUUCUAACAUCCCAAACGCAAGACGUCCUUAGAAACAUCGAUAGUGCGGGAAGUUUUGUCCUUGAACCGAUGAAACAGGAUGAAGCUCUGAAAUUGUUCUGUAGGCAUGCUUUUGGAACGGAUUCUCCCCUUGAGGAAUUCGAGAAACUGUCCUCAGAUAUCGUUGCUGCUACUGCCGGGCUUCCUUCAGCGCUCGAGGCGAUAGGUUCAUCUCUGUUUCUUGUAAAAUCAAAGAAAGCGUGGAGGGAAACAUUGACUGCAUUGGAAGCAGCUCCUCAUAAGAGAGUCCAAGCAGCCUCGGAGAAGAGCCAUACCAACCUAGAUAAGAAUGAACGGCAGAUAUUUCUUGAUAUAGCAUGCUUCUUCAUCGGAGAGGACAAUAGAAUCCCCUAUUACAUGUGGGAUGACUGUAACUGCUUUCCUUCUAAAUCGAUUCUAGCUCUUAAUGCUGCUUCUUUGGUAGAAAUCGGAGAGGAUAAUGAACUAGGCAUGCAUGAAAUCCUGAAGAAUUUUGGCCGGGAACUUUUCAGGAAUCAAAACCGAGAUAAACCUUUCAAGCGCGGUAGGCUGUGGGACCACGAAGAAGCACCGCGUGUGCUAAAAAGAAGGAAGGGUACUGGGGAAGUUGAACCCUUCGGGCUCGAGUUUGGUGAUGGAUCCAAAGGGCAUACCAGUUUUGAUUGUGAUCAAUUUGAUGGUUUAGAGAACUUGAGCUUCCUCAAUCUUGAUCGGAUUGAUAUUCAGGGAAACUUUGGGGAUCGUCUUUCCAGCUUAAUGUGGCUUGAUUGGCCAGGGUGCCCUAAGAAUAUUGACUUUCAAACGCUAAAUCUGGGUUUGCAAAAUUUGGUGGUUCUUGAUUUGUCGUGGAGGCGGGUCAACAAAGGCUGGAGCGGUUGGAAGCUGCUUGAGAAGGCUAGGAAACUGAAAGUUUUGAAACUAACUGGUUGUGUCCAAUUGACUGCCACUCCAGAAUUUCCUGCUUCAAUGGAGCUGGAAAGACUAAUUCUGGAAGAUUGCUCUAAUUUGUCAUCUAUCCAUCCAUCAUUUGGUAAUCUGGAGAAGUUGAUUUAG